AAGUCAAGCUUGCUGCAUCAUAUUCCUAAGUACCAUGGGCUGUCCAUGGAAGAUCCAAACAAGCAUUUGAAGGAGUUUGAAGUUGUAUGCUCAAGCAUGACACCCAUUAAUGUUGAUGGGAAUAUUUUGAAGAUGAAAGCUUUUCCAUUCUCUCUUGUGGAAAAGGCUAAGGAUUGGCUUUAUGAAUUGGCACCCGGGACAGUGACUUCUUGGGAAAGCAUGAAGAGAGCGUUCUUGGAGAAGUUUUUCCCUACUUCAAGAGUCAUUCUCUUGAGGAAGAAAAUUAGCGGAAUCCAACAAAGUCAAGGAGAAUCUUUUCCGGCAUACUAUGAGCGUUUUAAAGCCCUUGUUGCAUCAUGUCCUCAACAUCAAAUGAAGGAGGAGCUUCUUCUUCAAUACUUCUAUGAGGGCCUUCUUCCCAUUGAAAGGCAAAUGCUCGAUGCUUCGGCGGGAGGUGCAUUGGUGGAUAAAACUCCUAUGGCAGCCAAGACCAAUCUGCCCAAUGUACCUUUUCCUCGCAGGUUCAUGCAAGAAAAAAAGGAAGAAAGCGAGAAGGACAUUCUUGAAACGUUCCGGAAGGUGCAAGUGAACAUACCACUUCUCGAUGCAAUCAAACAGGUUCCAAAGUAUGCUAAAUUCCUCAAGGACCUAUGCAAUACAAAGAGAAGAAGGGCAAACAAAGAGGUAGUGAAGGUAAGCGAGAAUGUGUCCGCUGUUUUGCAACGUAAACUACCUACCAAGUGCAAAGACCCCGGUAGUUUCACGAUUCCUUGUUUGAUUGGACAUAAUCGUUUUGAACAUGCCAUGCUUGAUUUAGGUGCAUCCAUAAAUGUCAUGCCUUAUUCCAUUUAUGCAUCAAUGAACCUUGGUGAGUUAAAACAAGAUGGCGUUAUAAUUCAAUUGGCCGAUCGUUCUAACGCUUAUCCCAAGGGAGUCCUUGAGGAUGUUUUAGUGCAGGUCAAUCACCUUAUUAUCCCCGCAGAUUUCUAUGUUUUAGACAUGGAGGAUUCAAGCCAUGCUCCAUCAUUGCCAAUCUUGCUAGGCCGUCCCUUCAUGAAAACAGCAAGAACAAAGAUUGAUGUGUAUACGGGAACAUUGACCAUGGAGUUUGAUGGGGACAUUAUUCAUUUUAAUCUUUCUGAAACCAUUAAACAUCCAAUUGAGGACCAUUCUUGUUUUGCUAUUGAUAUUGUUGAUUCU